AUGGCGAUUGGACAAAUACCAAGGAAGGCCAAAUUGGCCACUCUAUUAAACUUCAAGGUUCGUGUGACUACAACCAACUCGUCCCAGUUCAUAGGCAUACUUGUAUCUUUUGACAGGUACAUGAACUUGGUGCUUUCUGAAUGUGAAGAAUUCCGUCUGACCAAAAAGUCCCAAAUGCAGUUGAGAAAGCAAUCGAAUCAGAACAAGAAAAUCAUUGAUGAGUCAGGUAUAAAAGAACAGAAACGGUUGUUAGGACUCGUGAUAAUUAGGGGCGAAGGUAUCAUCAGUGUUGUUGUCGAGGCAGCCCCAAGUUCGUCUUCGAGGCCAGAGCUCAAUUUGAAGAAAGGCAAAGGUACAGUGAAACCUUUAAUCAAAACAUUAAAUAACAAUGGGGGAUUAAAUGCUCCUUUAAAAGCUAUUAAUAGUGGAAUUGGUAAACCUGGAUCACGGAGAUCUUAG